GGUGAAAAGCCGUUUUUAUGUGUGAAAUGUGGAAAAAGUUUUAGUCAAAAACGGCAUUUAACUCUGCACAUGAUGAUUCACACUGGUGAAAAGCCGUUUUUAUGUCCAUUUUCAUGUGUGAAUUGUGGAAAAGGUUUUAGUCACAAACAGCAUUUGACUCAGCACAUGAUGACUCACACUGGUGAAAAGCCGUUUUCAUGUGUGACUUGUGGAAAAAGUUUUAGUCAAAAACUUAGUUUAACUCAGCACAUGAUGAUUCACACUGGUGAAAAGCCGUUUUCAUGUGUGAACUGUGGAAAAAGUUUUAGUCAAAAACUUAGUUUAACUCAGCACAUGAUGAUUCACACUGGUGAAAAGCCGUUUUCAUGUGUGAAUUGUGGAAAAAGUUUUAGUCAAAAACAGCAUUUAACUCGGCACAUGAUGAUUCAUACUGGUGAAAAGCCAUUUUCAUGUGUGAACUGUGGAAAAAGUUUUAGUCGAAAACUUAGUUUAACUCAGCACAUGAUGAUUCACACUGGUGAAAAGCAGUAGAAGUAUUUUCCAUACAUGUCCUAUAUUGAGGUUCACUAUAGAACUGAUUUGGUUUAAAACUAGAAUGAAAGACUGGAGGGAUUUCAUGUCUAUAAAGCUGAAAGUUGUUGUAUUUGUUAAAUGUGAUCAUUUGGAUACUUGUAGAUGUGCAACCAUGACACAUUUUCCUUCAGAGAUGCUUUCUUGUUCUUUUUGGCAUAUUCUGUAUUAAUAAACAACAAUGAUAAACUGUA